CCCCUCCUCCAGCCAGAAUCUCCACUCCACCAACCCACCAGCCCGCCCGCCCCCCGCAUUCCAUUUCCCUUCCGCUUCGCGAUUCGAUCCCUCCCAGACGCAGGCCCAGACCCGGCGCGGCGGCCUGAUCAGGCGCGCGGCCAUGGGCACGACGCCGGGGAGCAGCUACGACUGCUCCUUCAAGGUGCUGCUCAUCGGCGACUCCGCCGUCGGCAAGAGCAGCCUCCUCGUCAGCUUCGUCUCCGCCGCCCCCACCGACGACGACAUCUCCCCCACCAUAGCUGUCCAACUUGGAUCACUUCCUCGCUUAUUUCAGCUAUUCCUGCCUAAACAUUUAUUUUACCCAAAUGGGGUGGACUUUAAAAUCAAGUUUCUCACUGUUGGUGAUAAGAAAUUGAAGUUGACAAUAUGGGACACCGCUGGCCAGGAGAGGUUUAGGACAAUCACUAGUUCUUACUACAGAGGUGCUCAUGGAAUUAUCUUAGUUUAUGAUGUCACAAAGAGACAAAGUUUCACAAAUUUGGCUGAUGUAUGGGCCAAGGAAAUAGAACUGCACUCAACAAACAAAGAGUGCGUCAAAAUGCUUGUUGGAAACAAAGUGGACAAGGAUGAGGACAGAAUGGUAACAACAGAAGAAGGUCUUGCCUUUGCACAGCAGUGUGGAUGCCUUUUUCUCGAGAGCAGUGCCAAAACAAGAGAAAAUGUGGAGAAAUGUUUUGAAGAGCUUGUGCUAAAGAUUCUUGAGGUUCCAAGUCUGUCGGAGGAAGGCUCGUCGGUCGUCAAGAGGAACUCGCUGAAACAGAAGCAUGAGAAGAGCGGGGGGUGCUGUCAGUAGACCCGAUCCAGUCACUGUAUGCAACCAACUAGAUCCUGCGAUCGGUGCCUAGGCUAGGCUGUUCUUGGUGUUCUGAUGUAAAUGAGUUGUAUCUAAGUGCUCAUCGGUGCGGGUAAAGGGGAGGAAUAACAACUUGAGGUUUUUUUUGGUGUGAUGAGAAGGGUGGGGGAUUAGUUGACCUGUACAAAGAGAAAAGAAGACGCUGUUUGCUAACUCAGCUUGAUCUGGUUUGCUGAUUGUAAUGAGGUCCCGUGGCUCGGCGAGCUGAUCCGCUUCCUUCCGCACUGGUGUGGCGUGCGUGGGAGUGUACUGCUGGUACAUAAUUCAGGGGUGUUUUCUGGUUUCAGUUGGUA